CAGCCGUAGAAAGUACGCUGGGGCACACGGGUUUGCACGCCGCGUUCACCCGCGCGGAUAGCGCUCGCGCAGGCGCACUUAACAUCACACGCGUAAUCGCGCUUUGCGGUUAUUCUAAUUUUUCUGGAAGCGGCCGAGCUGAGCCCGGGGUCUAAGAUGUCCCAGCGACCAGCAGCCAGCAGUGUCCGGCAGAUGGGCGCGGCGCAUGGCAACCGCGAAGAUCCGCGGGCGGAGGUAGGCGACCAGAGGUGGGACCUGGCCCGGGCAAGGCCUGGGGAAGCCAGGGAAGGUCCAGUGGCGGCGCCCAGGGAAGGUCGGAUGGCGGCGGCCAGGGAAGGCUCGGCGGCGGCGGCGGCAGCGGCGGCCAGGGAAGCUCGGAUGGCAGAGGUCGCCCGAUUGUUAGCGGAGCCAGCGGAGGAAGAGGGUCCUGAGGGCAGGCCCAGGCCCAGGUCCAGGUCCGGGAUCGUUCCAGGCCUGGCAGCCUUGCCAUAUCUCCGCCUCCGUCACCCACUGGGCAUUUUAGGGAUCAAUUACCAGCAGUUCCUCCGCCGCUACGUGGAAAACUACCCGAUUGCUGUGGGCAGAAUACAGGAGCUUGGAGAACGCCGCCGGCGGUUUGUGGAAGCCUGCAGAGCCCGCGAAGCAGCGUUUGAUGCCGAAUAUCAGCGGAAUCCUCAAAGGAUGGAUUUUGAUAUGUUAGCAUUUACUGUAGCUCUGAGUGCAUCUGAAGUUAUCAAUCCUCUGAUAGAAGAACUUGGCUGUGAUAAGUUUAUCAAUAGAGAAUAGUUUAGUGAUGAAACUACUUUCAGAAGAACCUCUACAUUCAAAAGUCUUAACACCAACCCUGUAACUUAAUUUUUGAACGUCCCAGUAUAUGAGAACAAAGCAAUGCACAGUUUGGAAAACAAGGGACGCUUAUGAAAAAGAUUCAGAAAAGAAAUUGAAAAAAGGUCAAAAGCACUAUGACUCCUCUUACGUUGAGUUUCUCAUUGAUCCAGAUUCUUUUCCCUGCAUUUUGGAAAUGUUUUUGCAAAAUUGCUUCACUUAAAAAGUGAAGAAUGGUUUUAUAAAAUUGAGACUUGAGGAAAAUUUGCCAGUAAUAGAGUCCAUGAUGAUGAAAGGAAUCAUCAAAAAGCAGUGAUAGGAAUAAAGGAGUUACUGCCGAGUUAUUAGGACUCUGUGGAGAGAACUUGAAAUUGUCAGAAUAUGUGCUCUCUUGUCACAGUUUUUUUUUUGGUGCUCUUUUUGUUCAACAGUUUUUAGUGUAAGAUUGGUUUUUGUGUUUUCUGAGGCAUUUCAAAUGGCAAGCAAAGUGAAUAUUGUAUAUGUUGCAUGAUAAAUUAUGUACUCAAGAAUAUUUGAAA